UGUGUGAAUGCUUCGGUAAUCGGUUCUAUCUACUUCUUCUUCCCGAAGUUUAAUCCACAUGUUCAUGAUGAAUGUCACUAAGAAAUUUUCAUUGGAUGGAUGUUGAGCCAUACCUGGGUGUUUCCUCCACCUUUAUCCAUCUGAGCCAUACUGACCAACCAAUCUGACACAUUUGUCCGAGAUGGUGCAUCUUGCUCUCAGCCUUGAAGACAAGCUAGGAAAAUGAGACUCUUGGCCCCCGUUGAGUGCCCUGACGAUGCAGCUUACAUAUCAUUGCGGUCUCGACUUCUGGUAUCUGAUUUCUAUCUAGCCACCCCGAUCUGUCGUGCGAUCUGCUAAGAUUCCGCCGAGAUUUAAGAAUUCAUUCUGGAAGUGAAAGGACAACAUCCACGACUGAUUUCAUUGAAUAACGAGUGUCAUCAUGGCAACUAAGCCUAGCGCAUUAUUUGUCUGUAUCCAUAAUGCCGGCCGAUCUCAAAUGGCCGCUGCAUACCUCAGUCAUCUGGCAGGCAAUGCUAUAGAAGUCCGCUCCGCUGGCUCAGCCCCAGCCAACACCAUCAACCCUAUGGUCGUCGGAGCCAUGCGCGAAGAAGGCAUUGACAUUAUUGACCAAAAACCGAAAAUCUUAACGAGUGAAUCUGUCGAGGCUAGUGAUGUGGUCAUCACUAUGGGCUGUGGUGAUGUCUGCCCAUUCUUUCCGGGCAAGCGUUACCUUGAUUGGAAGCUUGAUGAUCCUGCUGGGCAGGGAAUUGAAGCUAUCCGCCUUAUCCGGGAUGAGAUUCGGUGCCGGGUUGAGAAUCUGAUCCAGGAGAUGUUGCAGUCUGACUGA